UGAAAGUCGUUUGGUGACUAAGAUGGCGACUGAGGCGCAGAGCGAAGGGGAGGUGCCAGCCCGCGAAAGCGGCCGGAGAGAUGCCAUCUGCAAUUUUAUUAUCUGCAAUAAUUCUUCCCUUCGAGGGCAGCCCAUUAUCUUCAAUCCUGACUUUUUUGUGGAGAAACUACGACAUGAGAAACCCGAGGUGUUCACUGAAUUGGUGGUCAGCAAUAUCACAAGGCUCAUUGAUUUACCUGGAACCGAGUUGGCUCAGCUGAUGGGAGAAGUGGACCUUAAAUUGCCUGGUGGAGCUGGCCCAGCAUCGGGAUUCUUCCGGUCUCUAAUGUCUCUCAAGCGAAAGGAAAAAGGAGUGGUAUUUGGAUCCCCACUGACAGAAGAAGGCAUUGCCCAGAUAUACCAACUGAUUGAGUAUCUACACAAAAAUUUGCGAGUAGAGGGUUUGUUUAGAGUACCUGGGAAUAGUGUCCGACAGCAGAUUUUAAGAGAUGCUCUCAAUAAUGGAACUGAUGUUGACUUGGAAUCAGGGGAAUUUCACUCAAAUGAUGUUGCCACCUUGCUGAAGAUGUUUCUAGGAGAGUUACCUGAGCCCCUGCUGACACACAAACAUUUCCAUGCACACCUCAAAAUUGCUGAUUUGAUGCAGUUUGAUGAUAAAGGAAACAAGACCAAUGUACCAGAUAAAGAGCGGCAAAUUGAGGCUCUUCAAUUGCUUUUCCUCAUUCUCCCUCCACCCAAUCGUAACUUGCUGAAGUUACUGCUUGAUCUCCUGUACCAGACAGCAAAGAAACAAGACAAGAAUAAGAUGUCUGCCUAUAACCUUGCCCUCAUGUUUGCGCCACAUGUCCUGUGGCCAAAAAAUGCUCCUGUUUACAUCCGGGAAUGUGCCAGAUUGCACUACUUGGGCUCCAGAACUCAAGCAUCAAAGGAUGAUCUUGAUCUGAUAGCUUCAUGUCAUACUAAGGCCUCCCAACAGGCAAAAUCUCAGAAAUGGAACCAGCUAGAUUCCAGUUCUCAGCAGGAAGAAACCCAGCAGCAUACAGAAGAGGCCCUGAGAGAGCUAUUCCAACACGUUCACAAUAUGCCAGAGUCAGCAAAGAAGAAACAGCUUAUUAGACAGUUUAAUAAGCAGUCUGUGACCCAAACACCAGGGCGAGAAUCCUCUACUCCUCCGGUACAGAAGAGGGCCCGUUCACGUUCCUUCAGUGGCCUUAUUAAGCGGAAGGUCCUGGGAAAUCAGAUGAUGUCAGAAAAGAAAAACAAGUCCCCUACUCCAGAGUCUGUAGCCAUUGGUGACAUGAAGAGAGCCAGCAAAGAAAAUAUGAACUUAUUAUUUUCUGGUUCUCCAGCUGAAAUGAUGACACCAACAAGACUGAAAUGGUCUGAGGGAAAGAAAGAGGGGAAGAAAGGAUUUCUUUGAAGGAUCCGAGAUCUCCUGUUGUCUACCCAGAAUUUUCUCUUCAGUGGGCCGGGUGUCAUUACCGCUUAUUCAGAAGCUAGGACUUGCAACUUGCCUGCUGCAUUUUGAAUUGCGAAUGUCAGCUAAUACUGUGACUCGACUGACACCUCUAACCCUGCUUACUGGAUGGUGGCUGCACACUCCGCCUUCUAGAGUGCUGGCUACUCUCACUUGCUCUUUUUUUUUUUUUUUUUUGUUAAUAUUAUGGAGAAACCACUAACUACCCAACCAGCUCAGAGCACAGGAAAGGGGCAGAGCCAGGCAGGCUCCAGUGCUCAUUCCAUUUAUUUAUUUAGGCAGAUUAUAUUUUUUAAAAGUAUGAAAUUUGUGUUCAACUGCUGGUGAUUUAAAAAGUACUGUAAUUCUAAUGGAUUUAAUGUUAUUUUUAAGUGUUUUGGAGCUUUUCUCUGUUUUGACAGUAUUGGGGGGAUGUUUUGGUUGUUUCUUGUUUAUUUCUAAUUUGUUUAUUUUUUUAAAAAUUAUCUCUUGGAUGGGUAAUCUAAAUGGGCUCUAAGCCAGAUAUUUUCCCGCUUUUUCACCUUACGCUUUGGGAAUACUCUUUCUGUUGUCAGGCUGUAUUCCUCAAUACCUUCUUUGUGUCCAAAGAAUUUAUAGCUUUCCUGGAAUAUUUUAUUAUUUAUUAGGCCGAGAUUGUAUUGAAAAAUGGAGAAUUCAGAAUGAUACAAUAUUUUAACAAAGGUCAGUGGUUAAGCUGUGUCCCUUCCUUUCUCUCUCUCUUCCCCUUUCCUCAGCGAUACCAAAAUACUUGUGUGUUUGCUGACCUUGCUUCUUUCCUUCAGUUUUUUCUUGCUAAAACAUUUCUGGUGCUGGUAUUUCUGUGCCAAAUCAAGUUGUGACUCAAGGAAGAUCACCAACAGCUGAAUAGGGGUUUGCUGAAAUACCUGUAUGUAGUGGGAGCUCUGGAGUGUGACUAGGCAGGGGCCGGCUGGCUUUAUGUCUGGGAUGACUGUGUAUGGGUGGGAUUCUAUUGCAUCCUUCUAGAGGAUCAUGUGUGCAGCCUACACCAUCUCCUGAGAGCAAGCUGGAGUCAGAAGAAGGAAGUGAGCAUCAGCUUCUGCAGGACUGAGUGGAUUUAAAAGCGAGAAUGUUCUCAUUUGGAAGCAUUUGUGGCUUACUGCACUGCUCCUCUCUUUGUCAGAAUGGGCACAGGGGGUAGUUUGGAGACAGGCUGAAGCUUUGACUGGGUUGGGAAUGUUCACAUGUGUUUGAGGUGAGCAAUGGCAUGGCUUUGAUCUAGUGUAAAUACUCUGCCCGAGAGCAGCACACGGCAGGCAAGAAGGUUUGGUUUGUGCCCGCUCUGUUAAACUGUGUGACUGUUCUCACCCUGUGUACUGGAGCCGCAUCAGGCCUCUUUGGGGAAGCCGUUGCCCAGCAAAAUAUGAUUUGCUGACUACUUUUAAACUGUUGAAAAUGCUGUGUUAUUGCUGAAACGAAAGUUGACUCUUCGGGAGCGCAGUUUGGAUUUGAGUCCGUGUGUCACAGUCUUCUCUUCCAUACUUUCUGUUUGUUUAAUAGCAGUAGUGAGGAAAAAUGUAGUUUGGCCUUUCAACUUGAUAGACUGUGAACAAUAGAUGGUUAGAAGUACAAACCUGCUUAAAGCCCCUUUCUCUCGUGCAGUUUUAUGUCACUCUUAAAAAUACAUAUUAGCAAAAUCAUUUGAGUAGGUUUCUAUUUGACUUUUUUUCUUAGUGAGAAAAAAUAGAAUUCCUUGUGCCAACUAUCAGUGAAUUCAAAAAGAGGUCCUUUUGGUAGGACCAGACUGAGUAGUAUUCUCCGUUAACUCUAUGCUUCCUUCUUUAUUCCUCUAAGUGUUUCAUCCUAGACUGGUGUGGUCUGUUGAACAUACGGUCUGGUAUCAAGUAUAGAGAGCAGAGCAGUGACCUGAUACCUCCUUGUCGUGUUCAUUCUGUGACUCUCCUUGAGGGAGGUAACUGAGAUGUGGGAGACAUUUUGGUUGAAUGGAGUUGGUAACCAGGGCUAAAUGCUUGUCACAUGCACAUGCUUUUAUAUAGCUUGCCCCUUUGGGCAGUUUAUGUGUGUAUUUGGGUAUGUUUGUUUCAUUUAUUUAUUAAAUAUGCCAUCCCUUGCUUUAAGGGUAUGGUAAGUCAUUUUUUUAAAUACAAGCUGUGAUCUAGUUGGAAUCCAAAUUUGAGAAAGAAACAGCAUAACCUUUUGCCUUAAUAAUGUAUAACUGUUCUAAUCCUAUGGAAUCGUAUGGACAGAACUCAGAGACAAAAACCCUCUAUCAUUUGCCACAGAAAGGUACUGUCUCCCAUUCACCCUUGUGGGCAGGUAUUUUUGAGCCAGUAUUUAACAUUUUUAAAAUCUUUAAGAUGUUUUUUUUAAUCUGUUUUGUUAUGUUUAUUUUUCACAUUGGAGCAAUCUCUUUGGAAAUGCCUCUUCUUAUGGCUUUUGAAAUUUCAUUUCUUUCUGGGGUCAGUAGCAGUGGAUUUUGAUUGUGGUGUCCAUGUGGGGCAGAGUAUCAGUACCACAGCACAGCAGCAAAAUGCAGCCCUUCUCCUUGAUUGACACCUGCACGCGGGGAGCUGUGCUGGAGCGUCAGUGCAACCAUAGGCACUGGAGCAUCCGACCUUCACAGGGUAGACCUCUGUGUUGGGACCAGGGAAGCUGCUUGAAAAGUUCCACUGUAGCAGGGGGAGAGGAUUAGGAGAUACUGAUUGCACCUGGUAGUUAAUAAGUUAUAACUGAAGCCAGCAUUGAUGGUCCUCAAGCUCUUUACCCUGAAUGUCCUUGCAGAGUCGGGCAGGAGUGGCAACAGAGCACCCUUGGGGAAUGGAGUAGUGUAGGGCUGCUGACUGAGGUGACCACUGGGUGCUCAGAGGGGGUGGUGGUGUUGGCCUGUAGUGAAGCCAGAUGAUCCCAGAGGGUCAGAGCUAAGCCGUUCUCUCCUCCCAAAUGGAGAUGUUUCUAUUCGGCUUCCCUCACAGGAGCCUAAAUGGGGACAUGGUUUAAAGUCCUGCCUUCUAGGAGAACCUGUGGUCAUCGGGACUCUGCCCCACUAUCCCUAGCCAUGUGGCCAUGUGUGACUGGGGAAGGGUCCUGUGGGAGCUGACUUCUCUAGACCUUAUUCUUACCUCGUAAGGGCUCUGUGGAUGUUGAAGCUGACGGCUCGCAUCCUGCAGUCUUUCUUGGUAGAACUCCUUUUCCCAGAGAAAGCCUCGUCCCUGCCCUGCUCUACCUUGAAGACUUUGUACUGAAGAUAGGACCUUGAUCCAAACCUGGAUACCAACAUUUGGCAGGAUUGCCCUGGAAUUUGAGAAAGAUUUGGGUUCCUACGAUGCACAAGCUUUUCAAACCAGUGGUAAUUAACCCUAAGAUUCAACUACAGAAAAGCUGGCUUUCCUAGGCUGCUAAUGCUGAGAUCUCUCCCCCAACAGAGAGCUGAUGGUGGGGCUAGUGAGGAGGUGGAGAGCAUAGUAGUCUAAGUGGUUGGGUUACCAUGGAAACUGGAGUGUGCGAGGCCACAGCCUGUGCUGAAGAGCCAUUGAGCACUCCCCCAGAUACGUUUGGGCCCGGCAGAACCUGACGGGAGAAAAACUCCUGCCCCACAUCUUUCUUCAUGGCAGAGGUUGCCUUUGUACCAUCCCUGAGCUUGCUCAUCAAGAGAAACAGGAUUCUUAACUGGUUCACCAUUUCUUAUUUUUCAUUCCUAUUUGACUGUAUUUCAUAUAUAUAUGUAACUGUAAAGAAACAAUCAUAUAUAUUGUCUUUUAUAUUCAUGUAAUACUCUGAAAUUAAAUUUCUUUUGUUUCA